CCAUAAGCCCAAAUCCAUUGCUACCCGCACCCCCAUCCAUUGCUACGCACACCCCCAUCCACGUAAUUUUCAGAUUCACAAAACAAUCUCUCCAAAGAUUGCGUUCUUUCAACCUUCCUCAUCGCCGUCGAGUUCCGCCGUCGAGUUCAUUCGCAAAACCACAACUCUUCUCCUUUCGCAAAAUCAACGCGCCAGACAAAACAAUUCUCGCAAACCAUACCAUCUUCAUCCUCACCGGAAACCCAAAACCUCCUCAUCUUCACCUUUCUGCUCAGAAAUCGCACUCUCUCCUCUUCACCUUCGCUUCCGAGUUCACCGUCGAGUUAGUGUGUUUCUUCUUCAACAUCAUCAUUCAUCGUAUUUCAACAUUCAACCUUCAUCAUUCAACACUCGCCGUCGCGUUAACAUCAUCAUUCAACACUCAUCGUCGUUCAUCAUUUCACCAGUUCUUUAACAUCUUCAACACUGAUCGUCUUUCAUCACAGUUAAUCAACAAUGGUUAAAAGGAAACAGAUCAUGACACCAGCACUCAUUGGUAAUCCAGGAAGUCACUAUGUGUGCUUUAUUGUUAAUUUCAAAAGCUGCACAUUCCAGUUCUUGAAUAGCAUUAAUGGAGAGAGGCUCCUUGUGAAGUCAGGAGAACCAACCACUUACAAGAAGAUGUUUGAUGUCUGGUUUAAGGAAGUCGAGGCAUUUGUCGUAGAAUUGUAUAAGCAUUGGAAACUGGCAAUUCCUUUCGACUUCAGCAAAUUUAAGUGGGAAACUCCCAAAAUGCCAAGUCAACCAGACAAAGACAAUUGUGGAGUUUUCUGCAUGAAGUUCCUAGCUGAAUGGGAAGGUGACAGUAAGACCUCAAUGGACUCUUUCAAAAAUUGGAACAAACUCAAAAAGCAAGACAAAGUGGCAAAGCUAAUGGAUUUGAGGAUUGAAAUAUGCUCCACACUUUUAACUCACAGCAGCAAUUCAAAAGUGGAAUAUGUGGUAAACCAAGCAGCUUCUUACUAUGAAGAAAUGGCUCAAAAGUUGCAACAUGAUGUCUAUGUUCUGACUAGGAUGAAACUUUUUUAUGUAUUCAUUGUUCAUUCUCUGACAUGUGAGUUGGUGUAUGAAGAAUUGGUGGUUCAUGUCUUAAUUCCCAAUUUGGUGGAGAAGGCAUAUUUCUUAUUUAUUAUGAGUUAUGUCAUUUUGAUAUUAUUGAGCAUGACUAUUAUACACCAAAAAGGAAGAAUCUGACUUUCACAUUGUUGAAAA